UCCUACAUCUCGAGUUUCACAUCUCAUUCCCGAGUGACUUGCGUUUCUUGUCGGUCACUGAUGUUCUGAAGCGUUGCUUGUUUAUCGAGACACUGUCAAAACUUGUGAAACAUGACCCCUCUUAACGACGUUUUUGUUGGCGGCAUCAGUAGCACUCUUGUCGGGUUGGUGAUGUACGUGGUGGGGAUAGCGACACCCGCCUGGGUCAUUGAUAGUAGAUUGGGUCUACGACAAGAGUGGGGACUGUGGCAGAUAUGCACAACAAACAUCGCGGACAGAACCUGCGAAGGUUACGGAGAUAUCAGUGAUCUUACCGCUGCCUUCCAUUUCACCCGUGCCUUUGCUGUGAUCGGACCCCUUCUGCUUGUCGCUGGUGUUAACGUUGCUCUGGUCUUCUACGCCGAACACAAGAACUCCAACAAAGUCCAGAGGAAAUAUGGUGCCCUGAUCAUUGCAGGAGGGGCAUGUGGGGUAAUUGCUACCGCCAUCUUUGGGGUGGAAUUGCGGAAUGCCAUCGGGGUGGAACUGUCGAUUUCUUUCGGCUACUCCUUCCACUUGACCUUGGUGCAGGGGUUGUUAACGGUAGGGGGAGGAGCCGUCAUCAUCGCUGACGGUCGCAGGGAUGCAGAGGAUCAGCAACCCGUGCAACGGAAGGCAGUUCUGGGACGGAGCGCCUGCCGCCGUGCGAGCGCCUGA